UUGGCAGCCAUUUUAGUUUCUGUGAGUUCCUCUUGAUUAGCAGAGGAUUCUUUCCCUUUGCUUCAUCUGCUAGGCUGGUGUGAUUUACCUGCAGCUAUGUCAGAAGGAGGCACUUUAAAGAAAGCUAUAGAUAUUGUAACUAAGGCUACAGAAGAAGAUAAAAAUGGAAAUUACGAAGAGGCCCUUAGACUCUAUGAACAUGGUGUGGAAUAUUUUUUGCAUGCUAUAAAAUAUGAAGCUCAUGGCGAUAAGUCCAAAGAGAGCAUCAGACUAAAGUGUGUUCAAUACCUUGAACGGGCUGAGAAGCUUAAGACAUUUCUUAAAAAAAGCAAAGACAAAAAGAAACCUGUCGCAUCAUCAGGAGGAGGAAAAGAAAGCAACAAAGGCAGUGGCAAAGAUGGCAAUAAAGAGGAUAGCAGUGAUGAAGAAGAUGACGCAGAAACGAAAAAACUUAGGGGUCAAUUAAACAGUGCUAUUGUCAUGGAAAAACCCAAUGUGCAGUGGUCUGAUGUUGCUGGCUUAGACUCAGCUAAGGAAGCUCUGAAGGAAGCUGUCAUUUUACCAAUAAAAUUUCCCCAUUUAUUCACAGGAAAACGGAAGCCAUGGAGUGGAAUCUUGCUGUAUGGACCUCCUGGUACAGGAAAAUCUUACUUAGCAAAAGCAGUAGCAACUGAAGCAAACAACUCAACUUUUAUAUCUAUAUCAUCAUCUGACUUGGUGUCAAAGUGGCUUGGAGAAAGUGAACGGCUUGUAAAGCAACUAUUUGAAUUGGCACGAGACAAUAAACCAGCCAUUAUUUUUAUUGAUGAAGUGGACUCCUUGUGUGGAUCAAGAAGUGAAAAUGAAAGUGAAUCAGCUAGGAGAAUAAAAACAGAGUUUCUGGUUCAAAUGCAAGGUGUUGGUGUUGACAACAAAGAUGUACUUGUGCUGGGAGCAACAAAUAUUCCAUGGACUCUUGACUCUGCCAUCAGAAGAAGAUUUGAAAAAAGGAUUUAUAUCCCAUUACCUGAGGCAUCAGCCCGGGUGAAGAUGUUUGAACUGCAUAUGGGAAACAUCAAGCAUUGUAUUCAGUCCACACAAUUCAGAGAUCUAGCCGAGAAAACUGAAGGGUAUUCUGGCGCAGACAUCAGCAUUGUAGUACGUGAUGCUAUGAUGCAGCCAGUCAGAAAAGUACAACAAGCAACACAUUUUAAACUGGCGAGGGGUCCCUCCCCACAAGAUCCAAACAAAAUAGAAGAUGAUCUGUUAACACCAUGUUCACCAGGGGACUCGGAUGCAAGGGAAAUGACCUGGAUGCAAGUACCUGGAGAGAAACUGUUAGAACCUGUUGUUGAUCUGGCGGACAUGCUUCGCUCCCUGGCAACUUCUAAACCAACAGUAAACUCUGCAGAUCUAAAAAAGUUUGAAGACUUCACCAGAGAUUUUGGACAAGAGGGAUGAAAUCAACAACAUCCACAUUGUUUUAUUAAUCUCCUCUGUUACUAGAAGUGUUCCAGAAUAAUCAGAGUUCGACAUUUCACUAUUAAUAUCCAAGAACCAAUUCUCCUAACUGAUGGGCAUACAUUUUGUUUGUUGUUUAUUUCUGAGAAUCUUGGGUAUUAUCAGGGCAAUACUUGAUUUUGUAAAUUCUCACUAUCUGUCUGCCUUAAAUAUCUUAUAAUUGUUCAAAGAAUUCACAUGUUGAUCAUUUAUACGAAUGAAGGGGUUGAUUAAAGGGGCGUGGUCACAUUAUUUAGGAAAUUUCAGUCCCAAAGAACUGUAUGUAGAUAUUGCUAAUUAAAAAUAACAUGGGAUCAGUUUGAACCUGUAGAAAAAUCUCAAAGGAAGCUCAUAAAAACUUAAAAGGGAUAGGCAUAAACUACAUGGAUUCCCUUUAAGCAAAGGAGAAAGCUUUGGUCCUGCUGUACUUCAAGUUUAUGUGAGAUUUUGUCUUGUAACUGGGAUUUUGUCACUAACAGUCUGUUCGCAUAGAAUGAGCACCUUGAUAAAUUAACAAAGAAGAGAGGUUUACUAAGUGUGACCCGCCAUCAACCCUUUAGACUUCUAAAUCAGUAAAUUACCCAUGGUUGUGGACAAGAAUAACCAACCAUCAAAAAUGUUUUUGUUAUGCCUCAUCAAGGGGAGGAAGCUUACUUCGCACAACAUUUUAUUGUAGAAAGAUGUAGCUUAGUAUGUUUUAUUAGUACAUUUAGAAGAGUGGGCAAAGGCUGGAACAGUGGCUUUCUAUGAGAAGUGCACCCAUGUAACAGAUCCUUGCAACUCUCAGUAUACUUAAAAAAGACUCAAGCUCUAGGUUUGAAGAAUUUAUGAGUUACAGCAAAUUUCUGUUCUCUGAACUUAAGCUUUCUGUUAGUUUUAUCCCUUUUCAGAAAAUUGAUAAAGAUAAAAGAGGCUGUUGUUAACCGAGGCCCUUCUCCUUUGCUUCCCUGCAGUACUAAUUUACAUGAAAACCAUCUUAUUGGAGUAUCCAUCAAAAUGUCCCAUUAUUUUUACCUUGCCCCAGUAGCUAUAACUGAUGUACAGAAUUACCAAAAGCAGCUUAAUGUGUCAUUAAAUUGGUAAAAUUACUGGUUGAA